GACUUCUAGGUAGCGCUCCUGGGAUCAGCCGGUUUCCGGGACUUUCCGAGAGCGCUGCUCUAGCUCAUCCCUAUUCCCCGCCCCCGCCCUCCCCCAGCUGCUGAUCCCUGCGCCGGUUGGGUGUUGGACUCGGACAGCAUCCAAAGACGCCUGUCCAGAGGGGACAGCGGAGAGUCCUAGGCCGGGACCAGACCUGGGCCAGCGCACGCGCUCCAAUGGCGGGCUCAAAGUCACCCACUCCAUGCGGCUGCUUCUGUUUUUCCCGAGCUUCCUUCGCGUGGGUGGGAGCAACGCUGCUACUUCUCGCCGACUGGGUGCUGCUCCGACCCGCGCUGCCCAGAAUAUGCUCCCUGCUGAUGCCCACGGAGCUGCCGGUGCUCCGGGUCUGGGUGGUGGGCCUGAGCCGCUGGGCCGUGCUGUGGCUGGGGGUCCAAGGGGUUCUCAAAGCAACGCUUCACUGUAAGAGCGAAAGCGCAAGAGUCCAUGGAUGGCUGGCUGCUUUGGAGCCACUGGCGGCGGCGCUGGGCUUGGCCCUGCCGGGACUGGCCUUGUUCCGGCAGCUGGACUCUGACAGGGACGCUGACAGCACUAGACUACUGUUCUGGGGAAGUCGCCCCGACGCCUUCUUCCUUACCUACGCGGCGGCACUGCCCGCAGCCGCCCUGUGGCAUAAGCUCGGGAGCUUGUGGGCGCCCAGCGAUCAUGGGGACUCUGGAGACAAGGUGCGUCAGCUUCUAGGCUGCCUGGGUUCGGAGAUACGCCGCCUCCCGUUGGUGCUGGUCCUGUUGGUCCUCUCCUGUGUUGGGGAGAUGGCCAUUCCGUUCUUCACAGGCCGCCUCACUGACUGGAUUCUACAAGACAGGACAGCGGAUGCCUUCACUCGAAACAUAGCUCUCAUGUCCAUUCUCACCAUAGCCAGUGCAGUGCUUGAGUUCAUGGGCGAUGGGAUCUUUAACAGCACCAAGGGCCGGGUGCACAGCCACUUACAGAGAGAGGUGUUCCAGGCUGUCCUGCGCCAGGAGACAGAGUUUUUCCUGCAGAACCAAACAGGUGCCAUCACAUCUCGGGUAACAGAUGACACAUCUAGCAUGUGUGAGUCUUUGAGUGAGAAUUUGAGCCUCCUGAUGUGGUACCUGGUGCGGGGGCUGUGUCUCUUGGCGUUCAUGCUCUGGGGUUCACUGACCCUCACCAUAAUCACCCUGGUCACCCUGCCUCUGUUUUUCUUUCUGCCGAAGAAACUGGGAAAAUGGUACCAGUCACUGGAAGCACAGGUGCGGAAAUCCCUGGCAGAGUCAAGCCAGGUGGCCAUUGAGGCCCUGUCAGCUAUGCCUACAGUCCGGAGCUUUGCCAAUGAGGAGGGAGAGGCCCAGAAGUUUAGGCAGAAGCUGGAGAAAAUGAAGACACUCAACCAGAAGGAGGCCCUGGUCUAUGUAGCCAACCUUUGGACCACCAGUAUCUCAGGGAUGCUGCUGAAGGUGGGAAUCUUAUACAUUGGUGGGCAUCUGGUGACAAGAGGGGCUAUAAGCAGUGGGAACCUGGUCACAUUUAUUCUCUACCAGAUCCAGUUCACCACAGCUGUUGAGGUACUGCUAUCUACCUAUCCCCGGGUACAGAAGGCUGUGGGCUCCUCAGAGGAAAUAUUUGAAUACCUGAAUCGGACUCCUUGCUGCCCACCCAGUGGUCCAUUGACUCCUUUAGAGAUGGAGGGCCUUGUCCAGGUUCAAGAUGUCUCCUUUGCCUAUCCAAAUUCUCCAGAUGUCCCAGUGCUGCAGGGGCUGACGUUCACCCUGCGUCCUGGAGAGGUUACAGCGCUGGUGGGACCCAAUGGGUCUGGGAAGAGCACUGUGGCUGCCCUGCUGCAGAAUCUGUACCAGCCCACCAGGGGGAAACUGCUGCUGGAUGGGAAGCCCCUUCCUCAAUAUGAGCACUGCUACCUGCAUAGACAGGUAGCUGCAGUAGGACAAGAGCCACAGCUGUUUGGAAGGAGUCUCCAAGAAAACAUUGCCUAUGGCCUGGUCCAGAAACCAACUAUGGAGGAAAUCACAACUGCUGCAAUAGAGUCUGGAGCCCAUAGUUUCAUCUCUAGACUUCCCCAGGGUUAUGACACAGAGGCAGGAGAGGCUGGGAGUCAGCUGUCAGGAGGUCAGCGACAGGCAGUGGCCUUGGCUCGAGCAUUGAUUAGGAAACCACGUCUACUCAUCCUGGAUGAUGCCACCAGUGCCCUGGAUGCAAACAGCCAGUUACGGGUGCAGCAGCUCCUCUAUGAAAGCCCUGAGCGGAGCUCUCGCUCUGUGCUUUUCAUCACCCAGAAUCUUAGCUUGGUGGAGCAGGCUGAUCAUAUUCUUUUUCUGAAAGGAGGCACUGUCUGUGAGGAGGGAACCCACCAGCAGCUCAUGGAAAAUAAUGGGUGCUACUGCGCCAUGGUUCAGGCUCCUGCAGCUACUUCAGAAUGACACACUUCUUGGAAUUGCAUACUACCUUUACCUUCAUUUUCUUCUCUCUCUGCGGUGGACUUGGGAGCAAAGAUCUUAUCAGAGCUGCAGAGUAGACAGCUCCUGCUAGGAGGAGUUACAUGCCAAAAUGUAACCACCGGAGAUGAUGCUUGAAUUUGCCACGAGUGUUACUUUCUCUCCAAAAUCCUCUUGAUAGUGACUUCUGGGAAGGAUUUGUUACGCCUUAGUGUAACUGGGUUUAGAGCCAGGGUUGAUGCUUUGGUAUUUUGGUUCUGAAAAUGGGAAGAAAUGUUUGUAGUGGAAGACCAGCUGCCUUCAAUAUGACCCAAGGCGUAUGUUGGCCCAUAAAUAUGCUGUGGAGUAGUGAUAUUUAUAAUAAAAUUGGUGUUUUGUACUGUGGUUUCUCCUGUGGUUCUCUUUGUGGUUCCUCCAAACAGCUUGCUGAGUUUCAUAUGCACCUUUCGGCUUCCCGAAGUUUCUUCUCUUAGCAUUCUCAAUGGUUUACAGCCCUAGGUGCUUCAUCUCCUCCCUUAAGCUUCCCAUUUC